CCUCAUCCUAAAACCAAUGAUCUUUCUUCCUUCGAGUGUAAGUUGACCAGGCACAACUCUCACCACCGAAUCACGACAUGCCAAAUUCGGCUGCCUGGUGUCCCUCACGUGGCUCCCUACACGCGUAUAUAAUAUAUUGAGGCGUCCUGGUAAGACGGACGAAUAGAAAGUGAUCCAAUGACCUCAGAACUCUGUACCUGAAAUUGGAUUUCUCUUCUUCUUUCUUUGCUAGAUUUUAGUUGACCUCGAGUUGAAAACAACCCAAUUUGUCAAGAUGGAUUACUAUGAAAUGGGAAGAUGCCCAGUCUACGCGUCCUUCUUCGGCGCAAUGGGUUGCUGUGUAGCCCUGACCCUCUCUUGCCUAGGAGCAGGCUACGGAAUCGCAAGAUCAGGAAUCGGAAUCUCAGCCGUUAGCGUAAUGCGCCCCGAUAUGAUGAUUCGAAAUCUCAUGCCCCCAAUCCUCGCCGGUGUCCUGGCAAUCUACGGCCUUGUCGUGGCAGUCGUGAUAUCGUCCUCGCUGAAGGAGAAAUCGGCGCUCCAUACAAACUUCGUGCAGUUGGCUGCUGGGAUAGCGGUCGGGCUGAGUUGUUUGAGUUCGGGGCUUUGUAUUGGGAUUAUAGGGGAUGCGGGAGUGAGGGCUUCUGGGCAGCAGCCAAGGAUGUUUGUUGGGAUGAUGUUGAUGCUAAUUUUUGCUGAGGUUUUGGGUAUCUAUGGAUUGGUCGUGGCUCUGCUUCUUUUGUCG